UCAGCCUUCUGUGUUUGCCGUAAGUGAAAGGAACACCCACAUUAAUUACUUGUUUGCUUUUCUAUGCGUACUAGAAUUGGUAGUGCUGGAAUUCAUCUGCAGCAAUUAGCUGAUGUAAUUUCUUGUUGUGGCCUUCCUUCACCCUGACUCUCUUUUUUUAUAAUAUAUGCAACAAGAACACAUACGAGAAAAGAAUUGGCAGGGUAAUCUCAAGCAAGCUAGUUUUAAAGAGGUUUUCGUUUGGGGAUUUACUCAUUCUGUCACUUUGGGAAAGGGAAUUAAAAGUUGUUUGAAGGGGGGAUAAGGAAGAAUUUAAGUGACUGCACCUGAAGACUUGUAUUUGAAAGGAGUAAACUGGAACCUCAGAAAAGGCCAUUUGUGGAUGCCUGUGUGAUUUAUUUGGGGUACGUUCUUCUCCAUUUCCUUCCCCGAUAUGAAAGAUUUGGGGAGAAGGAAAACCAAACUUGCAUGUAGCUCAGGGUAACUUAGGGAUAUUUUUGCAAUGUGUUAUUAUAAGCAAAUCAUGUUUGAUUUCUUUUUUUUUUUUGGUGAAGUAAUUAGGACAUUUUCAUGAGUCCUGGGUAAAUACUGCUUCUUUGUUCGCUUCCUGAGUACUGUCCAUCAUGAGUAUUAAGUUUGAGCAAAGCAGCGCUCUUUGAAGAGAUUUACUGCUGCCUGUGUUGGCUUAGCUGAAUCUUGCUGAUGCAAUAAGUGAGAAGGUUUGCUUAUUCAUGGCAGCCUACAAAACUUUCACUCAAAAGUACCUACAGUGAAGCUGUGUAAUCACAGCAGCUGAACUUGUUGAAUUCUGUGUUUGUUGCCUUCUGUGCUUGAAAUCGUGAUUUUUAAGUGUUUUAAAAAGGCUUAAACUUGAACUAUAUUCUCACUGUUCCUUAUACUGGAUUCUGUGCUGGGGCUGUGGAUGUUUUCUUGAGCUCGCUGUGGUGAAUACAUUACUUCUGUUCAUGUUACUGCACAGGCUGCUUCUAGUAGACGACGUGGCUCGCAGCUGGCACGUCAGCUAGGGCUUGGAUUGCAUCAAACUUCUCUUAAACCCUUCAGAGUUUUCUAAGGGAGUGUUUAAAAUGUUUAAUAUGGUUGAGUCAUUUGUGACUAAUCUCUUCUCUUCUUCUCACAGCGUAUUUGAAGGAGGAAGAUGCCAAUUGUGAAAAACGUGAGCAGAGCUGUCAGCCAGCUGCUACAGAGCUCUGGUUGUGGAUGUGGGAUUUCCAUCGUGCCUGUUCGAUGCAUUGGAGUCUCACCCCGGCAGGUGGCCUCCGAUGCUAGCUUUCACUCGGUUUCUUUUUCCGAGUCUGAUCAUCCUCGGGUGCUAAUUACAGGUGGUCUUGGCCAGCUUGGAGUGGGACUUGCUAAGCUUCUGAGGAAACACUUUGGAAAGAACAACGUGAUCUUGUCUGACAUUAGAAAGCCUGCAGAUAGUGUUUUUUAUAGUGGUCCUUUUAUCUAUGCGGAUAUCUUGGACUACAAGAAUUUACGUGAGAUAGUGGUGAAUAACCGGAUAACUUGGCUGUUCCACUACAGCGCUUUGCUCAGUGCUGUUGGAGAAGCAAACGUCCCUUUGGCCAGAGCUGUAAAUAUUACUGGUUUACACAACGUUCUGGAUAUCGCAGCUGAGCAUAAUUUGAGACUCUUUGUUCCAAGCACUAUCGGAGCCUUUGGACCCACCUCUCCUCGAGAUCCAACUCCUGAUCUCUGCAUUCAGAGACCAAGGACAAUCUAUGGAGUCUCCAAGGUUCACGCUGAGCUCAUGGGAGAAUACUACCAUUACCGGUAUGGCCUAGACUUCCGCUGCCUGAGGUAUCCAGGAAUUAUAUCCGCUGACUCUCAGCCUGGUGGGGGAACAACUGAUUAUGCUGUCCAGAUUUUCCAUGAUGCCAUAAAGACCGGCAAAUUUCAGUGCAACCUAAAGCCGGACACUCGUCUCCCUAUGAUGUAUAUUGAUGACUGUCUGAAAGCAACUCUAGAGGUCAUGGAGGCCCCUGCAGAGGCACUGAGCAUGAGGACAUACAACAUCAGUGCCAUGAGCUUCACUCCUGAAGAGCUGGCGCAAGAGGUGCAGAAGCACGUUCCUGAACUCCAGGUGACCUACAAUGUGGAUGAAGUCAGGCAGGCCAUAGCUGACAGCUGGCCGAUGAACUUUGAUGACAGGAAUGCCCGGAGGGAUUGGGGUUGGAAACAUGAUUAUGAUCUCCCUGAGUUGGUGACUACAAUGUUUAGCUUCCUUGGGUCUGACUCCAGGAUUGCUCAAGCUAACUGAAAUACUUUGUAAGAUGUUUCCAGAUUUCCACAGAGGACCAGGAAGAAAUGGCUAAAUUAGUUUAUAAUCUUCUGAGUCUUAGAGCAUGUCAAUUAUUAUAUUUUGUAAGUAGCAAUAGAUUUGGGCAGAAACAUGCUGUAGCUGCAAUGUACUAUUAGAUAAAAGAAAUCAUUUGGUACUGUCUUCAAGCACAGCACCAAUGACAAACACAGAAUUCUUGAACUUUCACACUUAAGCAGCUAGGAAAAAAAAAACAAACCCAAAACACUUACUCCUGGCUGAUGACUCUCCGAUCAUUCCUGCUGCCUGCCUCUUCUUUGGCAAACAACGUGGGGCAAUAUUGUCAAACCUGGUGUUUCAGGCAUAUCCCGCAAAGUUAACGAUAGGUUUUUCAUUUUCCUGGUGGAGGAUGUUAGAUCGUAGUAAGAUGUGAUCCUUUCUACUCUUUGCUUACAAAAGAGAGAUCAGAAAAGCUACUUCAUGUUUCCAAAUUGCAGGGAUCGUUGCAAUUCUAGUUUGAAGUCAAACUUUGGUUGAUAGUUCCUAUUUAGAGAGAGAGAGAGAGAGUGCUGUAUAAACGUACACUUUUCUAUACAUAGGGCAUACAAAGUAGCAUUAUUCUUAAAAUGCUUAUAAAUGUGAAGGGGAAUAGGACUUGAAUUCUCAUUAUGCUUUAAAAAACCAGGGUUUACAGGCUAAGCUUUGUCCUCUUCUUUGAAAGCGCUGCUGCCUUCAGUUUAACCUCGGAGGUAGGUCUGAAAUUCGAAGAGCUGUUACGUGUAUGUGAAUCUGGGGCGUGUUUCAAGAAGGCGAUGCCCAGGUAUGGGUUUAUGGUUAAUUAGCACUACGUUUGGUUAUCCCAGUUGUUUGCCGUGCUAGCACGAUGACAUACUGCCUGGAGCGAGUUUUAAAGGUGGGCUGAUGAUGGAGCCUUACGGUAGAGUCAAGUCAGCCUUUGAAAUCUGUUCAUGUUCACUACUUUUCCGUGUGCACUGUAAGUGUAUUUGUAGAUGCUAUUUAUGUGUAACUGUCAUACGCUUUUAUUCUUUAGGGAGGGAUCCAGAAUCUGAAACUAUCUUCUAGCUACAGUUGAGGGCUGCUCUGCUCAUUGAGCUUCAUGCACAGGAGAUUCUGGGAUUAACAAGGGAGUCUUAGUAGAUGCAUGCAAGGAAGAUAUGUCUAUUCAAAAGCUACUUAGGAGACUUUCAGAAAUGACAAACUGGAGAGACAGGAAAGCCAUUUUAGGUAAAAUACCCGUUUCCGUGGAUGCGAGUCUGAGCCAUCGGCUCCUAUAGCUAUAGCAUGCCUUGAGAAACAGCAUCUGGGAACUUCUGACUUUAUUUUUUUCAAAGAAAAAAUAUCUUUCAUUUUCAAAAUGACUGGAAAUACCCUAUAUGAAGCUCUCCAUCCUUUUUUUUUUGUCUUGUAUACUCCAAUAGCGUGUGUAGGUAAACACGGUCGAGUAUUUUUUUUUGCCUACAACCUGUUUGCUAUGUUUUCUGUGACGAUGCUUUGGCAGUUGCGAGUCUGUGACGCUCCCUGUAACCCUGCGGUGUUUCCUCAGUAAGUGGAUAACUGACGUGACCAGAUUUCUGUCUCUUUGUGAAGGAGUCUACAUGCUGCAGGGAAUGUGUUUUCUCAUGAAAGUAACCUUCAAAUGAAGAUUCUGUGGUGAAGCCCAGUUAUUUUAAACAUUUGUUAAACUUGUAUCUCUUGACUUUUUUGUAUGUAUCUUACUGUUUCAUCUGUUGGCAAAGUAUGCGUUUCCCAGGUAUUUAAGCUCAAAAACCUCUAAGGUUGUGGCCUGUUAUUGAAACUCUUUUAUAUUGUUUACGUUUCUGAAAAGACAAGUUUUUAAGCUUUGGCCGCUGUAGUAACUAUCACAUUGUUCAAGUGUAGUAUUUGGCCCAAUGGGCCAGCAGAGUUGGCCCGCCGUUCGUACUCUCCAAGGAAAGACUGGCUCAGGUUUUGUCCUCUGCCCUGCCAAAACAGGAUUAUCUCCUAGUGAACUUGUUAACGCUGAGCCGUCAGGUGAAGGGCUUUAAUAUGAGCUGAAGGGUCCGUUCUA